GUCUGAUCAUCAAUCCCCCCCUAACUCCCUAGUUAAUCCUCUUGCUUCAUCCCCGGGACAUUUUCCCUGUCAUCUCCCCCACUCCAAUCUCUCCACUAGCCCUCCCUGAAAUAGGUAUCAUCUCUCGACUGCCCAUCCUUUUAUCUCUUCCUUCUCUCUUCUCUCUUUCUUGCGUUUUGCUUUCGUUGUCCCCUCGCUUUCUACCGUGACCUCCCCUCUCAGGCUCAUGUGGAAGCAUCGUCCGUCUUCCAGAUCGGAUUCCAAGUCUGGAAGCACUAAUCCACCGGGUUCAACCUCCUCGACGCCCGGGUUACGAUCCGAGCGUGGCUUCUUUAGUCGUGCUAAGAAGAAGUCUCCGCUUCAUUUACCGCCCACUGAAUCCCCCGUUCGCUCACCUUUGAGAUCCCUUCUCUCUCUCGCUCGUUCAGAUCGUCCAGAGAGCACUCUCUCUGUCGCCACUGACGCGCCGCUGUCUCGUGCGCCAUCCACGGUCACCAGCACUUCGGUGUACCCGGAUUAUUCGGAGUUUGGCUGGCGGUCCUCGAAGCACACCCCAACCUCUCGAGCGUCGUUUAACUCGCGAUCAGGCAGAUCGAUGGCCGGCUUGAUGGACGUCGACCGGACCCGUUCUCGGAGGGAGAGGACAUUCGUCGGGAGCGAAUGCGCCGUGUGUGAAGAACCCUUGGAGCACACCCUGCGCGGGGAGCGCGUCCUGCAAUUUUCCUGUGCGCAUGUCUCCCACGAGGCCUGUUUCUAUGAGUAUAUCCGAGAAUGUGAGGGCCAGUAUUGCCCAACGUGUGAUGCCCCGUUGGGGCUGGACACGAGUCGUGGGGGGAACGUGUUGGAUCUCGAGAAACUCAGCAACAUCGUCCGCUCCGUGACCAGCGAUGCCGCCACCGCGCGCAGUGGUCUGACCACUCCUACGCCCUGGGAUCAGCCCCAGGGUCGACUCGCCCCCCCGAGUGAGAUGACCCGCCGGUCCUCCCACAACCGGGAUAGUCGCGACAUGUACAGCACCCGACGCGACAGCCGCGACACUAGCAGCCAGCGGGACCGUGUCGAACGACUGACCAUCGGCUCGCGCCCCCAACACGGCCGCAACGAUAGUCUCGCCGGCUCGUCGGGCGACUACAAUGACGCCCAGGUAGCGAGCAACGGCCGCCGCCACGAUUACGAUCUGCAGGCCAUGGAGUCGGACCUGAGCCCGCGGCCCGGCUCGUCCAAGAACCCCAUCCCCGCCCCGACCGUGACCAUCCGCAGCGAAUUCCCCACACUCAAUCGGUCUCGUCAACAGCAGUCUCUGACCUGCUUGAUCACUGUCGAAGUCCCCGAGGGCUGGCGGGCGAACGCCGAUGACAUUCGCCAGAGUACUAUGGACCAGCCGCUGCCCCUGGACGAGCCGUACGCGGCCGUGCGUCGCCCCUCCGUCCAGGAAAGUCGUCACCUGCCGCCCCUGUCGUUCGAGCCGCAGGAGAAUUUAGACGAGGUCGCCGAGAAUCUCCGGUCCCGCGUCGACAACUGGCACGGUCUCGAAUUCCAACGAUUCGGAAAGCUCCGCCUGCACGGUCACAUGCGGGUGGGCAAGGACCGGGAAUCGUGGCAGGAACUCGAGUGUUUCCUGUUCGCGGAGAUGCUCAUCUGCGUCAAGGAAAAGCGGAUCAAUGACCACCGCCACCCGGAUGACCCGGCGAAACGAACCACGCGGACGACGCUGAAAGGCUCGAUCCUCAUCAAGCGGCAUCUGCGCGGCACCGAGGCCUCGCCUGAGGAACCGGUGCUGGCCUUGCAUCUGUCCGUGAAUGAGCUUCCGUGCUUCUAUCUCCGGUUCCAGAACCGAAAUCAGCUGGACCUCUGGCGUCGGGCCCUGGCGGACUUGAACCCCCCCGACAACGCCUCCCGCCACACCGACUACGAUUUCGAUAACUCGGGCGCGGAGGAGGAAGACUACCGCGCCAGUCGGAUCCGACGUCAGGCGUCGUUGAAUUCCUCCUACGGCGCGGCGCGGUCCAACAACACGGCGAUCACUGACUACACGAACGUGGCCGGGGACAGCAUCCCGGCCGGCCCUACCCACAUCCCGCUAGACCUCGUCGUCGUGAUCCCCGUGUCGUCGUCCAUGCAGGGCCUCAAAAUCACCCUGCUGCGGGACGCGCUCAAGUUCCUGGUGCAGCACCUGGGCCCCCGCGACCGCAUGGGCCUCGUGACCUUCGGAUCCAGCGGCGGCGGCGUCCCGCUCGUCGGCAUGACCACGAAGUCGUGGGCCGGGUGGAACAAGAUCCUCAGCUCGAUCCGCCCCGUGGGACAGAAGAGCCUGCGCGCCGACGUGGUGGAGGGGGCCAACGUGGCCAUGGACUUGCUGAUGCAGCGCAAAUCCGCCAACCCCGUCUCGACCAUUCUGUUGAUCAGCGAUUCGUCCACCUCCGACCCCGACAGCGUCGAUUUCGUCGUGUCUCGGGCCGAAGCGGCCAAGGUGGGCAUUCAUUCGUUCGGCCUCGGGUUGACACACAAGCCCGACACGAUGAUCGAGCUGUCCACGCGCACCAAGGGAUCGUACUCGUACGUCAAGGACUGGAUGAUGCUGCGGGAGUGCGUCGCCGGCUGCCUGGGCGCCAUGCAGACCACUUCCCACCAGAACGUCAAGCUGAAGCUGCGCCUGCCCGAGGGCUCGCCCGCCAAGUUCGUCAAGAUCAGCGGCGCCCUCCACACCACGAAGCGCGCCACCGGACGGGACGCCGAGGCCGCCCUGGGCGACCUGCGGUUCGGCGACAAGCGCGAUGUCCUGGUCCAGCUGGUCAUCGCGCCCGACCACUCCACGCAGGAGAGCAUGCCCCAGGAUCCCUGGGAGAGCCUGGUCUCGGGCCUGGAGGCCCUGGGCGGCGGAUCCGACGGGGAUGAACAGCGCGUGCUGAGCGUCGAGGAAGUCCCGCUGAUCCAGGCGGACCUCACCUACGGCGAUCUGCUCCGGGACGGCCAUCUGAUGCACUCGCCCCGGCCCUCCCUGCUGGCCAUCACCAUGCUGCCCCCGAACCCCCGGGCCAAGGGCGGCCGUCCGAGCACGCCACCCAUCCCGCCGCACCCGUCGAUCGUCCAGCGCCGCAUGGAGCUGCUCACCUCGGACAUGCUGACCCGCGCCCUCACGCUGGUCUCGCGCGGACAGCACGACCGCGCCCAGCACCUGCUGAUCGAGACGCGUGGCAUCCUCAAGGGUCUCGGCAAGGGCAGUCUGCCCCCUCUGCCCCCGGGCGCCGUGAGACCGCCCCACGGAAGCGACUCCGGCAGCCGGGGUGGCACGCCCACCUCGACGUCCCCCACCUUCGCCGACAGCCACUCGUCGGGCAACUCCGAGGCCGCGACGGUGACGGGUGUGGCCGCGGUCGACGGGCAGACGAUGACAGCGCUCGACGGCGACUUGGAGUCCGCGCUGGAGUGGAUCAACCACCCCGCCGUAUUCGGACGUGACUCGCGCAAGGCCGUGCUCCAGGCAAUCGGGGUGAUCUCGUCCCAACGCGCGUUCACCUACCGAUCCUCAUCAGAAGCCCACUGGGCGCAACGCGUCGCGGGCGUUCGACGCCUCACCGAACGAUCCCGGGACUGGCGCGAAACCGGCGACGACGCCUUGACCGAAGAAUAAGCCCUCUAAAAGAAAAAGUUUGAUGUUGACAUGACCCUGCUUAUCCCCUCUUUCCUCCAUUUCCUCUCAUCUGUCUGAUUUACCUUUCCCUCCUUGGUCCAUCCCAUCUUUCAUUCAUCAUCGGACUUUUCACUUGAUUCACACGCACACGCACACACGCACACACGCACACACACAUCUAUACUGCUUGCUACACCCCUCCUUUGGUUACAACGGCUGGAUUUUUUUCUUUUUCUUGUUACUUAUGAUACCACUUUGUUUUGACCAUGACUGUGCAAGAUGAUACCACGGAUUUUGGUUCUUCUAUAUUGCUUUAAUUUGAAACUAGUUGAGAAUUUUGAUUUUUAUUAUUUUUCA